UCGGGGAGCAGCGGGCUCACUCACGUUACCACACGUCUAGCUAUAGGCCUCAGCACACAUGGUAGCAUCCUCAUUUGUUCGACUAAAAAUAGGACGAGACUAGUAGACACAUUUUUUAGAAACCCAUGCAUCUUGGUAAGUGAUACUGAGACUCAAAACUCUGUAAAAGGUGUUGCUCAAGGAUAUAUAAGAGAGAGGGAAAGAGACCGGUAGCAUUCACUCAACUCCGCCUUGGCUUUCACUUCCCCCAACGCAGCCCAAAGAAUAAUAAAAAUGGCCGUCGCAAGCAUGCUCAAGGACGCUGACAUCAAAGCUGCUCUGGAAGGAUGCAAAGCUGUUGACUCCUUCGACCACAAGAAAUUCUUCAAGGCAUGCGGUAUGGCUGGCAAGUCUUCCGAUGAGGUCAAGAAAGCCUUCGCCAUCAUUGACCAGGACAUGAGUGGAUUCAUUGAGGAGGAAGAGCUGAAGCUGUUCCUGCAGAACUUCUCUCCUACCGCCAGAGCUCUCACCGAGAAUGAGACCAAGGCCUUCCUUGCCGCUGGUGACGCUGAUGGUGAUGGCAUGAUUGGAGUUGAUGAGUUUGCUCUCAUGGUAAAGGCAUAACUUUCCACUGACCCGAUCAACUGCGAACUUCUUGCAAGAUUUCAGUAAUCAUCAGCUGAAAGAAUAUUUUUUUAUACCUUAUUUAUGACUUGCCUGCUGAUUAUUUCUCAACAUGGAACACAUGUUUUACUGUGAAUGCAUAUUGCUCAGAUGUGUUAAAUGUUCUGAAAAAAUGACUUGUGCAAAUGGUCCAACACUUUUGAAGAAGAGUGAAAAACCAAGAAUAAAUACUCUUUUGGUGUAAACUGA